CACCUGUCUGCGCCAACAGUUAAUAUUUUAAUUAUGUUGCGAGUGCCACCCUAGUGUGUGGUCACUCACUCUCCGUGUUUGCUAUCACCAGCAACAGCUGACCGUCGCAUACUAUUGUCCGUAUGUGUACGGCUACCGAUCGCUUCACGAUCGGCUCGCUCCCUAUCCAUCUCUGCGGGAUAGAGGCAGCAGAUUGUAAACAGUUUAGUAGUAAUAAAUAUCCUUCCGCCGCGAUCGGUACCGUGUUGUACUUUGGCCCGUAAAUAAAGUUGUUUUUAGUUCGACCCGCGAAAGUGUUUUCGUUAGUGACCAAUAUCACCGCGUACAUCCGAGACGCUUCUAUGUGCGUUAACAUAAAUGGUCCUUCGAGCCGGAUCAUACGCGGUGUAGACUAAUUUCGCGCGGAUUUGUGCUCCGUUUCGCGGGUGAAAAGUGCCAAGUAGGCCGAACAAUUAGUGCAUUGUGAAGUGCGGAUAAUUAUUCGCCAUCGCACUGCGGCGCGGCGAAGAAAAUUAAUGGUGGAUUGUGUGUACCGUACCUGUGCCAUUGGACUAAAUCAACGGCUGUGAUUGACGUCUUCACUGAGACGGAAUAACCACCGGUGAACGAAACCCUCAUUAGGACGACGGAACGACGACGAAACCAGGACUCAAGGCGGAACGAGCUGGACGAUUACCGUUUUUGGACGGAUUUGGAUAAUACAGGGAAGUACUGUUUUGCAUGUUGGGUCUGUGGCAAUUGCAUGAGGAAAGCCACUGUGGGUUAGCCAUUACGGUGGCGACUGAUUGGCAAUAAAGCUAUUUUUGCAUGCGAAAUUGUGUUUUUGGAUUUAGUGGAUUUGGUCCCUGUGGUGUUCGCAAUCAAUCGAUAUUGGAUUCCGCUGAUUCUGGUUGGCUUGGAUCGUUCGUUGGUCGGUUUCCCCUCCGCUGCUGCUGUCAAUUUGGGUGGUUCGUCUCGCGGCGCGGAACGUUGAGUCGAUCAACAGUCAACAAGUGCAGUAUUACAGUGUGGCAGUGAAUUGUGCGGCAGCGUAUAGUGCGGUGUUAGUGCACAGUGCAAACGAACUCCUCAGUGUUGUGAACAUUCUUUGACUAGUGACUUCAGUGAUUAAUUAGUGAAUCAUGACGGACGAUUUGCGUGGUUUGCUGAAGCGAGAGAAGCGGAUACGGGACAGUUUGGACUCCGUGGCUUCGUUUGUGCGUGAAUUCAAAGAAGAAGAAGACAAAGAUGAGGUGGAAGUUCGUUUGCAGCUGUUAGAAAGUGCAUUCCAUGACUUUCACGAAGUGCGUGAGAAGAUUGACGUGAUUCUGGAUGAAGCCGACGAAGAUGAAGUGGUUGAUACAGAGGAGUCGGAACAGGACCGUCAAGCGAGGCUCAAAUAUACGGCGAAGAAACGGGAAGCUGAAAGCGCAGUUGUUUCGAGGAGCGUGGAGAACUGCUACUGCAAGGCGAAUGCUGCGUUGCUGAAGUGGCAGAAUCAGAUGAGGCCUGCCAAUCCAAGUUCUGCGGUUCCAGCUGCACAGCCGGUUCUCUCGAGGGUGAAGCUUCCGGAGAUAAAGCUCCCAUCGUUCAGCGGCGUACUGCGAGAUUGGGUUUCGUACCGUGACGCGUUCCAAAGCCUGAUUCAUCGGAACAGGGAGCUCACGGAUAUGGACAAGUUCACCUACCUCCGAUCAUCUUUGUCCGGUGAUGCACUCCUUGAAGUCAGCUCCAUCGAACUUUCCACUGCCAACUACUCGGUAGCGUGGGACGCGCUGGAGGAUCGCUAUCACAACCGAAAGCUAAUCGUCAAGGCGUACCUCGAUGCCAUCUUCCAAAUCGAGUCCAUGCGACGAGAGAGCUACGAAGCGCUGAGCCAGCUCAUCAGCGACUUCGAGAAGAACCUGCAGAUGUUGAAGAAGAUGAACCAGGACACCGAUAGCUGGAGCACGAUUCUGGUGCACAUGGUCUGCUCGAGACUUGACAGUGCUACCCUGCGAUUCUGGGAAGCGGCGCACAAUUCGAAGGAAGUACCUACAUACCGGAACCUUAUCACCUUCCUGAAGAAUCACUGCGCUGUUCUCCAAUCCGUCGAGGUGAGAAACCCCGCCGGCGAGAUGAAGAAGCCGACGAUAAGUGUAAGCCAUCCUUCGACCGGCAGCACCGGGCGAUGCUGCUUCUGUUCGGAGUCAUUCCAUCCAGCGUUUCUGUGUGGAAGGUUUCAGAAGAUGACGAUACCAGAGCGAUAUGAUGCUGUUAGGAAGAACGGCUUGUGCAUGAACUGCCUGUCAUCGGGACACUUGGCCAGGAGCUGCAGCAAGGGAUUGUGCCGACAAUGCGGAAGGAAACAUCAUACUCUGCUUCACUCCGAAGCAAACAGUGCCAAAAUAUCCUCCGUUCCGCAGACGUCAACAAAACCCCCAAGUCAAUCUCAAGCGCAAGCACAGCCGGGAACACCAACACACCAGACAGCAUCCACCACACACCACCAAUACGAACCAUCCACUUCUUUAUCCAUUAUCCACACACAUUCGCAAAACCCACAACUCGCCACAGACCAACAACCCACAUUGGAAAACACUGUCUCCCUUCCGUCACAAAUAAGACCUUCCUCAAGGCAAGUCCUGCUAUCCACUGCCAUUGUUCGAAUUCGUGAUGCCGACGGAAGCACGAUGCUGGCCAGAGCGUUGCUGGAUUCAUGCUCGCAGUAUUGUUUCGUCACAUCCGAGUUCUGUCGACGAAUGAACCUUAAGGAAUUCCCUAACCACUUAACAGUGAAUGGGAUCGGAGGUUCAGCUAGCGUUUCCCAAAGGUGUGUGACUGGCACAGUUAGUCCACGUUUCGCAAGCAUCUCCAAUUUCGAGGAAGCAAUACGUUUCAACGUGUUGCCGAAGCUGACGAUUCCACUACCGCGUGAUGGUUUUGACGUAAGUCGCUGGAAUCUACCAGAUCGCAUCGUAUUAGCAGAUCCCGAGUUCUACCAAACGUCAGACAUCGACAUGAUCAUCGGUGCCGAGUACUACCUCGAUCUGCUGCAGGAGGGAAGAUUCCGACUGAGCGAAGAUGGACCAACGUUCCAAAACACGGUAUUUGGUUGGAUCGUGUCUGGUCGAAUCUCCGAAGCUACUGCGUCCGUGCCAGUGACUACUACCACGCUGUGUUGUACGGCGGAGUCCCAAGACCGAGGACCGUUGCCGAGGAAGCAGAGCAUCAUUGCACAGUUGAGAGAUUCCAGGAAGAGCGCCGAAAGGAGGUUCACGAACUUGGAGAGAAGAUUCGCUACAAGCCCGCAGAUGAAAAAGCAACAUUUGAGACCACUCGAAUCCAUCAGCAUCCCGCGAUGGGUCGGUUUCGCCAAGGACUCGGUAUCCACCGAAUGCUUGCAGGAGUACGAGAACGCGCUGCUCCAGUUGGUUCGUCUGUCUCAAGAGGCAUGCUUCCCGCAGGAGAUAGCAAGUUUGUCCCGGGAGGAUCAAGUGAAAGAUUCUACAAAAAUAUUGGCUCUGCAUCCCAAGCUGCGAGAAGGAGUACUCCGCGUUGGCGGCCGGCUACGGAACGCACCAGUUUCGGAAGACCGGAAGCACCCGAUGAUUAUCGACCACCGUCACCCGCUCGCCUCGAUGAUUAUCCAGCACUACCAUCUGAAGAUGCUUCAUUCCGGGCAGCAGGUCCUCCACGAGUGUGUCACAUGCUUCCGAAUGAGACCACGAUGCCAGGAACAAUUGAUGCCGCCGGAGAGAGUGAAUCCGGCACCGCCACUCCUCAAGGUUGGAGUGGAUUACUGCGAUCCGUUCCAGGUACGGAAGAAGCGGACUAUGCUGUACCUCUCCGACUUGCACAUCCGGACAAAGUGGACAAGGCAACAACGUGACAACAUCGUAGUUGGGACAAUGGUCUUGUUGAUAGACGAACGGCUUCCGUCGUUGAAGUGGAACCUCGGCCGUGUCACUGAGGUUUUCCGAGGCUCGGACGGAAACAUCCGAGUGGUAGAAGUGCAGAUCAGCACUGGGGUCUUUCGGAGACUAAUCUUGAAGACUUGCAUGAUCCCGAUCAGGGACAACCUAGAGUCUUCCAACGAACCGGUGGUGCUUCGGCACCCGCGGAGGUCCCUUGUGGCCUCCGCACUCCAGUAAGUUUGUAUAUUUAUCAGAAAUUCCAAAAAGUAAUCGAAGUUUCAUACCCCAUAGCCGCUGUUCUACCCGGUCCCGGGUCCCCGGGACAUUCCACCCUCCGAAGUCAACCAGUCCAAGAUCUUGUCUCCAAGUUUGAGGUAUCCGCAUGCGUUGGUGAUGGUAGCUGUUGAAGUCCUGUGAAGUCCGUCCGUCCAAUUGAGGCUCCCCCAGUAGUGGAGUAUUCCGUUUGUUUCUGGGUCCAACGACUCAACCGAAAUUUUUCAUUUCGUCUCGUCGAGGUACAACCUGACACCCUCCGAUGAUCCAGCAAUCCCUAGCGUCUGUUGAAAUUUGACUAACUCCACGAUCGGCACUGUGACCACCGGAUCGUAGCACCCUCGAAGCGGUAGGAGCUCACCGCAACCGUCAGGAGACCCUCGGCAGUCGAUUUGGCAUCCGUUUUUUGCAUCCGUUGGGCAUCGUCACCGCCGCUAGUAGCGGCUGCGGAGGCCGCAAGGGCCUCCGUUCCAGGCAAGUCUUUUUAUUGUUCAUAAAUCCAGUUUAAAAAGCACCCUCUCAUCUGCAGCAACGCGUAAAGAUCCCCUCCCCCCGCGGUCGAGGACGACCGCAGGACAUCCCUGAAGAAGUGCGGCGUUAAUCGAUGUACCAGGAAUCCGAAGAUCAACCCGUCCCGCACCGUACCAUCCAGUCCCAGUCGUCAAGCAACGUCAAAGAGAAGAAUCCCAUGAAGCCCUCGCACGAAGAGUCCGAAGGAGAUCGAAGUCAGGAGGAACGUCCGAAUGCCGUGUAGCGCAGGGCGACCGAAGAAGUGGUCCGGCAACGUCCCAUGUCAACUCCACCGAAACCGGAACCGACGAAGAGCAGCAUCUGAACCGUUGAAUUCAAUUGAAGUGAAUUAGAAUAGCGAAUCAGAAAACCAAUUUGAAAUCCGUAGGUUUCAAGGCGGCCGGCUAUGUCUGCGCCAACAGUUAAUAUUUUAAUUAUGUUGCGAGUGCCACCCUAGUGUGUGGUCACUCACUCUCCGUGUUUGCUAUCACCAGCAACAGCUGACCGUCGCAUACUAUUGUCCGUAUGUGUACGGCUACCGAUCGCUUCACGAUCGGCUCGCUCCCUAUCCAUCUCUGCGGGAUAGAGGCAGCAGAUUGUAAACAGUUUAGUAGUAAUAAAUAUCCUUCCGCCGCGAUCGGUACCGUGUUGUACUUUGGCCCGUAAAUAAAGUUGUUUUUAGUUCGACCCGCGAAAGUGUUUUCGUUAGUGACCAAUAUCACCGCGUACAUCCGAGACGCUUCUAUGUGCGUUAACAGCACCUAAAGCACCCGUAUUACGAAAACCCAUUGAUAUGCAACGAACCUGACACGGACCGUAUGGUAAGCUGUUGUUAUUGCGGUUCUUGGUGGCAUUAUGCAUGUGUGAGCGUAAACGACAUCAUUGCUGCACCGGACCGACCGUUUACGUGUCCAAAAUGCCAGAAGCCGUCGUCAGAGAUACCAAGGCGGUCAGCACCAUGAAGCAAAGCCAGCAGCAAAGCCGGGUCAACAACAUGUACCGCCAGCACACGAGCUAAGAAAGCUCUAGAACUGCUAUAGAAACUUGAAGCCCAAAAGGCUCUAGCAACGAAACGCCUUGAAUUGGAACGUAGAGAGCAUGAGCGUAAGAAGGACCAGGAGAAACAACAAAAAGAAGCAGAAUCCGAGCAGCUACAGCUUCAGUUGGAGCAGACGGUACUAGACGAAACAUUCCGAUGGCAAGCUCUUUGGAGAAGGCUCCGGGGACUGUUCCAAACAACAAUGAAGUGGCGACAGUAUCUCGGAUACAGGCUAGGCAGGACGGCAAGCAGCAACCAACUAGCAAUAAUAAAGGUAUUCUGGUAGAAUCGUCGGAAGGUAAAUCGUUAGGGCAGUUAGUUGAGCAAACCUUAAGGCGAAACUGGAAGCAUUUCCUCAUUUUUUAGUUUUUGAUUUUUUAUUGAAUAACG